GAGACGAAGGAUCAUCCUCCUAACGCAUGUGGCCCUUGUCAUUCGGUCGUUAUUCGCUCGAUUGUAUAUCAAUCAAAGACAGCAGGGAGGAGGGUUUAAUAAACCAAACAACCAGGCCGUAGAUGACCAAUGAAAAACCACUAUUUAAUAAUAGCGGUUUCUCCAUCUUAGGCAUGUUGAAUGCCAUGUAAGCUCUGCAUGUCUUCUUCUCCUCCUCAUCUGCCCUGCUCUCUAUGUAUUUAAAAUCUCCUGUGGGUUUUAGAGGCUUUCAAAAAAGGAAAAUCCCAACUGAGUAUUGAUUGCAUCGCUGCAUUGAGUGACAUGGUAGAUUUGGGUGCAGGCCACAUGGCGAAUAGCAGCAUUUGGGUUGUGGGUAUGGUCAUGUUGGUGCUUGUUUUGGGGACUUUUGCAGAAGAAAAUGGAACAGUCUAUGAUGUGCUGAAGAACCAUGGAUUGCCUGUGGGGCUCUUGCCCAAGGGGGUUAAGAACUACACACUCCAUGAUGAUGGACAACUGGAGGUCUUCCUGGAGCAGCCUUGCUUUGCCAAGUUUGAGAACAGAGUCUACUUCAAGAAUGUGAUUAAGGGCAAUCUGAGCUAUGGACAACUGGCUGGAGUUGCAGGGCUGGAGCAACAGGAGCUGUUUUUGUGGUUUCCUGUGAAGGGCAUCCGGGUUGAUAUACCCAAUAGCGGAUUCAUCUAUUUUGAUGUUGGGGUUGUCUACAAACAGUUUGUUCUGUCACUUUUUGAAUCCCCUCCUGAUUGUACCCCUGUCACCAAAGAAGGUUCUGACAUGCAAAUCCAAAUGCCAUUUGAUCGAUUAUCUCAGACUCUUCCUCGUAAAUCUUUUGUAAAAGAGAGUGAUUUUCUCAGAAGAGCUGCCCAGUAGAGUAAGGUAACUGAAGAAAUGUGGAAGUGUUUCACCAAGAGAUUCAGUAAUACUUCUAAAAAUGGUAUAUUGAGAGUUUGUUGAUAAACUAUUCUUGUCAGAGAGGACUAGAAGAAAGAUUCUAGGAUGAGUAAACUUUCUUGUUUAUUUCAACAGAGUCUUCUGCUUUAACCUGUAAUAUAGUAUCAUUGCUUGGAUGCUAUUCCAGUAGUUGUUUAUAUUAAAGCUAUUAUGAAUAAGUUCUUCUAGCUUAGGUUAUUCCUUCAUAGUCUUAAGAUUUUGAGAUAGAAUAGGAUUGUUUCACGACUGAGUAAAAUCAAGCACACUGGAGAAUUUCUAUCUGAGCAUAGUUUUAGUCUGUCAAAACUACUCCAUGGUUUCUUGGUCUUGAUGGUUCAACUGAUUACACUUUCUAGUGCAUGAAUCUGUUGUGAGAAAAAAAACUGUGGAAGUAAACUGUUGAGAGGACCAGGUUCAGCAAUUGUUUCAAGUAUGCUUGAAAAGAACAGAGGUGAAACAUCCCAUGUUAUAUUUUGACCUAACUGUUGAUUCAUCCACCAUGAAUCUUGUAACCUAGAAUAUUUUGUUUGUACAUCAGGUUUGAAUUUGGUUUCUCGUAUUUCACAACAAACUGGUUUGUACAUCUCA